GAGUCAAGAUGGCGGACAGUGAACCUCCAGCACUUUUCGAUGAUGAUGAGCCUACCCCAGAAACCAAACCUGAAGAACCGGCGACUCUCUUUGGAGACACAACAGAAAUCUCUUUAGACACGGACGAUAAAAAACAGARCGAAGCCGAACCAGCRAAGCAAGAUGAGAGCAAAGAGUCCGRAGAGCCUAGUAGCGCUGCAGCUUCGGUCGAUGUGACAAACUUGUCAGACUCGAAAGAAGUAGAGGUUCCUAAACCGAAAGAGGAGGAGAAAGAGGCAGAGGAUGAGGAAGAAGAAACRGAUUCGUUUGAUAUGGAAAUCAAGGUAGCGGACCCAGAAAAAGUUGGUGAUGGAAUGAAUGCAUACAUGGUUUAUAAUGUCACUACAAAUACAAGUAUGCCAACAUUCAAGAGUCCUAACACUAGCGUGAAGAGAAGGUUUAGUGAUUUCUUGGGUCUUCAUGAAAGGCUGGCUGCUAAGUAUCUACAUCUUGGUCGUAUUGUACCACCUGCUCCAGAGAAAUCUGUUAUUGGAAUGAGUAAAGUGAAGUUUGGCAAAGAAGAAGGGACGUCAACAGACUUUAUUGACAAGAGGAAAGCUCUUCUUGAAAGGUUCAUGAAUCGAAUUGCUGCUCACCCAACAUUAAGAGAAGAUCCAGACUUUAGACAGUUUUUAGAGGCAGAGGGGCUUCCCAGGGCUAAAGACACAGCGGCUCUUAGCGGUGGGGGUAUUAAACGAUUGGUUAAGUCAAUGGGRGAUACAAUGUUUAGUCUAACAACCAAGAUGCCAGAAUCUGAUCAGUGGUUUGAAGAGAAACAAGUACAGAUUGAAACACUGGAUCAACAACUCAAAAAACUGCAUCAYAAUGUGGAGAUGCUUGUUGUCAAUAGAAAAGAAUUAAGCACUGCAACUGCAACAUUCUCAAAAAGUGCUGCCAUGUUAAGUAAUUCUGAGGAACAUACUUCUCUGUCACGUGCCUUGACUCAGUUAGCUGAAGUUGAAGAGAAAAUAGAACAACUACAAACUCAACAGGCUGAAACUGACUUCUAUGUCUUGUCGGAGCUUUUGAAAGACUACAUUGGACUCAUUCAUUCAAUAAAAGCAUGUUUUCAUGAGCGCGUCAAAGCAUAUAGUACAUGGCAAAAUGCACAACAAACUCUGACCAAAAAACGAGAAGCUCUUGUCAAGAUUGAACUUGCAGGGAAAAAUGAAAAGCUGCCACAGGCUCAGGAUGAAGUGAAAGAGUGGGAGCAAAAAGUAGAAAAAGGACAAGAAGACUUUGACACCAUAUCCAAGACAAUYCGUAAAGAAAUUGCUCGUUUUGAAAAUAAUCGUGUGAAGGAUUUCAGACAAGGUAUCAUUAAAUACCUGGAAGCCAUGAUGGAAACACAACAGCAACUCAUCAAGCAAUGGGAAGGUUUUCUGCCUGAGGCAAAAGCAAUAGCUUAAAUGUUAUAGGAACACAGAACUGAAUAUGUUUGCCAUAAAAAGUAGACAUAUUGGGAUUUUAAAUGAUAUAAAAAUUACAAAGACCAUUUAAUGGCCAUCAAAAAGAUGGUUUGUUAAUUCAAAUGAUGAAACACUAUAGCAUUCAAAGUAUUCUUAAAUUCUUCUCUAUAAAUUCUCAUCCAGUGAUUUCCAUUAUUUUCCCCUAAAGAAACCAUGGUAACAUGCWAAAUAAAAGUCUCUUCUCUUCUAUGAUUGGUUGAUUGUGUGAUUGACAGAUGGGAAGCCAGUUAWCAGUAAGCACUCUUGUUAUCCGUAGUAAAAUAUCUCAUUGCACUCAAGUUUUUUUAAUGUUGUAAAUCUGAUAGGCUAUUAGAAUUAAUAAAAAAUAAAUAUUUGAUAGUGA